UUGAAUGGGGAGACGGAGCGCGAGCGAGGCGCGCGCGCGCACACACGCGCACACAGGGCCCCGCUCGCUCCGAGAUCCCCGGCCACGUAAGUAACUAUUAAUACCGCCUCGCCGGGAGUUGCGGGCGUGCUGAGCUCGGGGAUUGGCCUCGGGCACCAUCGGCCAUCCCCUUCAAUUUUAAAUACACAUUCUUCUUACCUCUGGGGAAGAAAGAAAAAAAUAAAUAAAUAAAAGACGAAGAAGAAAAGCCACCAGUUUUCUCCAAAACAAACCCCACCGCGCAAUUUGGGUUUAGGGUCGGGGGAGACGGAGUGGUUGUAAAUUAUUCCAAGGCAGGGUCCAGUUAUCCAGCGGGAAAGGAACGCCGCAGGUUGGCUGGGGGCGCAACCCCUUCCAGCGCCCGGAGGAUUCCCCCCCCCCCCGCCCGGAAGCUCGUGCCGGGGGAAUCGGAGACCAUUGAUCUACUCUCGUCCGUGCCCGCACUUCUCGCUUUAUUCGGAGGACGAUCUGGAGCACGAGCGAGCUGCGACAGCAUGAGCCUGUGCUGACCUCCGCCCGGCGGGCCAACCCGGGCUUUGUCGCGGUACCUGCGCCCGGCCCGCGCCGCAACUCUGUGCCCGGCUUUUGCAGUCUUUUGUUGGCAGCGGUGACCGCUCUAAGUUAAAUGCUCCCUUGCUAUUCUUUUUCUUCUUCUUCUUCUUCUUCUUCUUUUUUUUGUCUGUUUGUUUAAAUUUUGGAGAGCUCUUGCGAUCUUGGAAAAGCCUCAGACGCCAUCUACAGUUAAAACACCCAGCUGCUGCCGUGCGCUCCUCGAAGAUUGCACAAACUACAGCAGGGCUCCUCCGCCCCGUCUGCGAUUCGGAAGGCUGCGUGGGGAUCGCUUCGGGAGACCUGGCGCUGCAGCUCCCCACCUUAGCAGUCCAGUUACUCGUCUAGACCCACGUUGGAAAGAGAGGGAGAGAGAGAAAGAGAGACAGAAACUAAAAGUGCGGAGAUUCUGCACAUCGCUGGCUGCUUUGGGGUAACAAAAGGACCCGAGUUACUGCCGACUGAGCACCCCCGGGAGCCGGGCUCGGAGCAGACGAGGUGCCCGGCGGCGCCCAUUUGGGGGCUUCUAACUCUUUCUCCGCGUAGCCCCCUUCCCGUCCCCUCCCCUCUCGUUCCCUUUUAAAAUCCGUGGCACGGAGGCGCCUGCAGCCGCACUCGCCAGCGACUCAUCUCUCCAGCGGGUUUUUUGUUUGCCGAGUGCGAUCCCCACACUCAUGAACAUACACAGGUCUACCCCCAUCACAAUAGCAAGAUAUGGGAGAUCGCGGAACAAAACCCAGGAUUUCGAAGAGUUGUCGUCUAUAAGGUCCGCCGAACCCAGCCAGAGUUUCAGCCCGAACCUCGGCUCCCCGAGCCCGCCCGAGACUCCGAACUUGUCGCAUUGCGUUUCUUGCAUCGGGAAAUACUUAUUGUUGGAACCUCUGGAGGGAGACCACGUUUUUCGUGCCGUGCAUCUGCACAGUGGGGAGGAGCUGGUGUGCAAGGUGUUCGAUAUCAGCUGCUACCAGGAAUCCCUGGCCCCGUGCUUUUGCCUGUCUGCCCACAGCAACAUCAACCAAAUCACCGAAAUCAUCCUGGGGGAGACCAAAGCCUAUGUGUUCUUUGAGCGAAGCUAUGGGGACAUGCAUUCGUUUGUCCGCACCUGCAAGAAGCUGAGGGAGGAGGAGGCGGCCAGACUGUUCUACCAGAUCGCCUCGGCUGUGGCCCACUGCCACGACGGGGGGCUGGUGCUGCGGGAUCUGAAGCUGCGGAAAUUCAUCUUUAAGGACGAAGAAAGGACUCGGGUCAAGCUGGAAAGCCUGGAAGAUGCGUAUAUUCUUCGGGGAGAUGACGACUCCCUCUCUGACAAGCACGGCUGCCCUGCUUACGUGAGCCCAGAGAUCUUGAACACCAGUGGCAGCUACUCGGGCAAAGCAGCCGACGUAUGGAGCCUGGGAGUGAUGCUCUACACCAUGUUGGUGGGGCGGUACCCUUUCCAUGACAUUGAGCCCAGUUCCCUCUUCAGCAAGAUCCGGCGUGGCCAGUUCAACAUUCCAGAGACUCUGUCGCCCAAGGCCAAGUGCCUCAUCCGAAGCAUCCUGCGGCGGGAGCCCUCAGAGCGGCUGACCUCGCAGGAAAUUCUGGACCAUCCUUGGUUUUCUACAGAUUUUAGCGUCUCGAAUUCAGGAUAUGGUGCUAAGGAAGUGUCUGAUCAGCUGGUGCCGGAUGUCAACAUGGAAGAGAACUUGGACCCUUUCUUUAACUGAGCUCGUGCCCCACAGAGACUUAGCAGGUACCAGGAGCGAGAGAGGGCAGUGGAGAGUCCUUCCAGGGGACACGUAUCGCCUGGCUUGGUAGCAAGAAAGACACUGACACUCAAGUUUCUCGGUUCAAAGAAGGAGAACCUUCAAGGAGCUGACUGAACAUGUAGCAUGGGGGUGAGAGAUGUGGGGUGGGAGUCUGGGGUCAGGUCAGCGGGGCAGGUGCCCCUGGAGCUUCUCUUCCCUGACGUAGCCCCCUGGAGACCACCCCCAUCAGUUGGGCUGCUUCGGCCUACCCCACUUUUCAUUUGUCCCAAAAUAGUUGCAGAUCCCGACAGAAUCAAAACUCUCUGCCUCAAACACACAUCUUGGCAUCGCACUGUUAGCUUUUAACUUCUUGUCAUGAUUCAGGGAAGGUACAAUUGGCCAAGGAUUUUUUUUUUCUUUUUAAACAAGACAACCACCUAUAUGAUACUUAAUGCGGUUCAUUCAAAAAAAAAAAAAAAAAAAAUUCGGUGCACACAGACUGACCAGAAACCUGGGUGCUAAGCUAAAAGAAAAUAGAAGUCCAGUUUGUGUCUCUUAAUUGCUCUUUUCAACUCAUUUCUUCUAAAUAAACUAUUUAAUAUCCUGGUCAGGAAAUAACAUGUUGAUGCUUUGCUCCCUGAAGGGGGAAAAAAAAAAUCUGUCCUUUAACAAGCUAUUCUGUUCUGUGUCCAUGGGUUUGUGACAGGAAGCUAUUAGAAGUCAAACUUCUAGAUGCAUUAACUGCUAUCGUAGUUUAAAGAAAGAAAAGAAAAAAAAGGAAGGGAAAGGAAAAGAGAAAUUCACUCCUGAAUUUUUUUUUCCUUCGAACGAUGAGGGCUGCCUCAUUGGGGGUCCUCUCUGCUGGGAUGGGGGCAACGGGGUGAGAUCACGGGAGGCGCUUGGAGUCUGAAGCUUUUGCGACACUCUGGUCUCAGCUACACCUUUUGUCUUUGUUUUAUUGGAAACUAGUGAAACCAAGCAGAUUGUCCCACGUGUAUGAAAUACAGGGCAGCUAUUUCCUUUUCUUUAGGAAGAAUGAUCCUUUUGGCUUGGAAGGCCCUCUGGUUUGGACAAAAAUCCUCGGUAGAGACAAGCGGCAAGAAAAAUCAGCUGGAAGCUAGGAUGAUAUAAAUAAAAACAGCUCUCUUAUCCCAAUACGCACCUUUGUAUUUUCAAGAAUUCUUCUAUUUAUUAAGGAAAAUGUCACAUUGUGAUGUAUUAAGCCAGUACUUCAAUUACGGGUUGACUUGGGAUGACAUGUUACAUGCUGUAGUUAACAUCUAUAUAUUUUUUCUUGUUUGAGUAUUUCUGUCCCUGAAAUAACCUUUUGUUUGGCUUUUCUAGAUAGCUUUAUUUGAUUUCGAGUGGCAAAUGUUUUUUUUUUGUUUGUUUGUUUUUUUUUAUUACGGCUUUUCUAUUUGCUGUAUGAUACAGAACUCUUUCGGCAUAAAUAUUUGUUUCCAGUACCUCAGUUGUUUGGAUUUUACUGCCUGUAUACGUUUUGUGAAAUGGUCAUGUUUUUGGGUAGGUAACACGUGGACUCUAGUAUGUAAAUGUUACUUGAAUCUGUGCUUUAUUAUAGUACGUGGCAUGUGUGUGCAGAUCUUGGAUGCUUCAUGCCUGCUCAGCAGGAGCCCAGCCUCCACGUUCCCAGGAGGGCGGCUUAACCGUUCAUAGUCAGGAGACAAGGCGGCCAUGGAUUUGCCCUUGAUUCUGUUUUGAUAAUGGAAGACACAAAGGAGAGAGUUUUUUGGUUUUGGGUUUUUUUUUGGUUUUGUUUUUGUUUUUUACAUUCUGAAGAUGGUGCUGUAUCAAGAAGGACCCGUUUUUCUUCCCCGUCCCCUAUUUUUUCAGUACCCCGUAGGAGGAAAGAUUGGUGAUGUGCAUGGUGGGAAUCUAUGGCCUCUGGUGCUUUGUCCUGUAUUUGGUUUAAUGUUUUUGUCCUAAUCUCUUCAAUCAAUAAAAUUGUGCGUAUUUAACUAAAA